CACUCUGAGGGCCCCAGGUUGAGUGGAGGGCCCUUUCUCCAGCCACCUGUCCUCAGGACACCCGGGUGGCUGAUGGAGCCCAGAGACCAUCAGGGAGGGCCUCCUGCCGGAGCUGGGCCAGUUAGACCCCUCCUCCGAUGACCAAGAAGGGGGCACAUUCCAGGCGCAGGACCAGUGCAGGAGAGCUCAGGGGCUGCCGUAGGCCUGAACGGGGGACGUGCAUCAGUUACACAAGGGCGUGGACAGGUCGGGGCAGGGACUGCCCACCAGGCCAGGAGUCUCCUCCUCACUGGGAGGAGACGGGGCUCCUUUGUAACCACAGGUGGGUGUGCACAGGACACACCUCACCUGCCCGACUCCAACCGGGGAGGUGACCCCUGGCCCUCACCUGUUGCCUGGACUGAGGCCCCCAUGCCUCGCAGAGGCAGCAACCCUGUGCCACCCACCCAGCAGCUCACGUUCCCCUCCAGGCCCAACGACAAGCAGCUAACAGGGCUUUGAGCACCCUCUGCUGGCAAGAGUGUCCAAAGUGAGGACCGCAGUUAGCAGGGCCGAUGUUCUGUUCCUAGCAACCUGGAGGCCCCCCCAAGUCCGCCCCUUGCUGACUAGAGCCAUCAGUUUCUGCCCUGGAUGGGCUGGGGUGCCGCAGGCCCCAGAGGGAGGUCGAGUCAGUGUUACCCCGAUAGUAGCGUGCUCACCCACAAAUACGGACCCAGGGCCUGCGGGAUUCUGGGCCACGGAAGGCAGGUAUGUUCUGUGCUCAGGGCUGACACCACUUGUGAGUGGGAGCAGGGACAGUGAAGGUCAUGCCAUGGAGUACAGACAUUGCUUCCAGAAGGAGGAGGGGUGCCAAGGCUUCCGCGCUGCCUUAGACGGGGUGUGGUGCCCCAGGAGUGUGUGUGUUGGGGGGAGGGGGCAGGGAAGGUCGCUCGGCGUGACGUUUUCAUCCGUUGUAAAGUGAUUCGGCAUCAGCGAGAGCACAGCGUGGGGGCAUCGGGGGAUAUAGAAGCCAUUUGGGGGGACAAAGCAAGCCAGAUGUGUGCCUGGUCUUGGGGUGGGGACCAAAGGCAGGACUGUCCUGCAUGCUGUGUCACUUCCAACAAGGUGCCUCGCCCCUCCGGGCUCUGAGCGGGGGGCCUGGCUCUCAAAUCGGGUGUUGGCGCCUCGGCCCAAAUCCGAGCAAGGGCAAGGCUGCCCCAGGGCUGGUCCGGAACACCUUGGAAGCCUUCGUUUGGCUUUUCCCUGGGCCCGGGCAGCCCUCCAGGAAGACGAAGGCCUGUUUCUCAUCUCUCCAAGCUGUGGGCACCUCCACCACUGCCCCUGCCCCUGUCCAUGCCAAGGUCUCCAAACUUUUCCAGCUCAAGCCCAAAUCUCCUCAAGUCAUGCCUAUUGAAGAGUUUCCAGACUGCGAGUGCUACGGCCACUCCAACCGCUGUAGCUACAUCGACUUCCUGAACGUGGUGACCUGCGUCAGCUGCAAGCACAACACGCGGGGCCAGCACUGCCAGCACUGCCGCCUGGGCUACUACCGCAACGGCUCGGCCGAGCUGGACGACGAGAACGUCUGCAUCGAGUGUAACUGCAACCAGAUCGGCUCCGUGCACGACCGCUGCAACGAGACCGGCUGCGCGCGGUGGGCGGGGCCCAGGGUCGACCGCUGCCUCCCCACGCACUACUGGCGCCAGGGCUGCUACCGAGCCAGGCCCCCAAACUGGCUACUUGAUGGGUCCCAGCCUCACGGGAACACGUUUCUGUCGGACCAAGUUUCAAGUACAACCAACACCAAGUGGUGCCGAGGCGCCGCGCCACUCUUCAGGGAAGACUCUGAAAGGAGCUGCGAGGGGAGAGCUGGGCUGCGGGUGCAGGGCUGUCACAGCCACCUCUACCAGCAGCUGACAACGCCCCCCGAUCUCCAUCAGCAGUGGAUCCGCGCCGCGUCGGCCAGACGGCUUCUGGACAUCACGGGAACCCCGUCAGCAGCCCUCAUGAGCUCGCUAGCCUUCGUUUUACAGAGCAUCUCCUUGCCUGAAACUGGACCUGGCCUUCCCCAAAGGCUCCCCAGGGAUCAGAAGUAUACGUGGGGUGUCUGA